AUCCCCACAGUGCUGUUCCCACCCGUUCCCGGUGUCACUCCAGGUGAACAACAACGGGGUGAUCUCCUUCGAUGAGCCCCUCAGACAUUACAGCCCCGAGCCCCUCCCCAUGACAGACGGGCAGCCUUUCGUGGCGCCCUAUUGGGCGGACGCGGACAACGUGCUGGGUGGGGACAUCUUCUACCGCCAGAGCACCGAGCCGGCGCUGCUGGCGGCCAUCAGCCAGGACAUCGGCCACUACUUCCCCAAAAGCCUCUUCAUGGCCACCUGGGCCUUGGUGGCCACCUGGGACCACGUGGCCUACUAUGGCUCCACCUCGGAAAAGGGAAACACCUUCCAGGCUGUGCUGACCACUGACUCCAAGAUGUUCUACGUCAUCCUCAACUAUGGGGACAUCCAAUGGACCACGGGGGCGGCGAGUGAUGGGGACACUGAGACGGGACUCGGAGGGACCCCAGCACAUGCGGGAUUCAAUAGCGGUGAUGACACCAACUUCUACAACAUUCCCGGAUCCCAAACCGAUGCAGUCAUCAACAUCACCACCACCUCCAACGUCAAGGUCCCGGGAUGCUGGGUCUUUCGGGUGGACGACUUCCAGGUGACAGGUGUGGACACCCCCCAGCCAAACAAGGACAAUGGCUGCUUGUUGUGAAUUGAGGGGAGUGGGGCACAGGGACACCACCACUGCCACCGUUGUCACCGAGGACAUUACUGCAAAGGUCAAUGUCAUGUCAACCUCCAGCAGAGCAAUAAAAUUGAAGC